AUGCCCACCUUUGUGCAGUCAGUCCUUCCCCUCGACACCACUCAUACAAGCGACUCUCAUCUCGGCACUCACAAGUCAACCUCAAACACAUCUCUUACGGUCUCACAUCUAUCUCGUACAAUCUCCUACAUCACACGCAAGAGCAUCGACAUAGUUUCUCCAUCCCAGAUCAGCAUCUUCCCCGCAACCUCUUCCGUUGCUUCCCACGUUAUCGGGAUCUUGCAGAAGCAACAUCCUCAUCUUCGUCUUCGUCUUGCUGCUCGAUCUCCCGAGAAGCUGAAAGCAAACGGCGACAGGCUGAAGGUCGCCCAAACCCCUUUGAGCAUCGACAGGGUCUCUUCGAUCAAGGACGCUCUCGAGGGUAGCGAUGCAGCUUUCAUCCUGCACCCACCCUUGCACUUGGCUGGAGAUCCCUUCGCCCUUUCCAAGACAUUCGUGGACACAAUCAUCGAAGCUGCUAACACCAGCAAGACUCUCAAGAGGAUCGUGUAUCUAACCUCCAUGGCUGCUGAGAAGCCGACCGGCUCUGGCAACAUUCGCAGCGUGCACAUUGGCGAGACUGCUCUCUUGGCCAAUCUUCGUGAUGGUAUCGACCUGGUUGCAUUGCGCCCUUCCUACUUCCUAUCGAACUUCAGUCCGGUCCUUCCACUCGCCUUGAACCCACCACACAUCCUUCCUUCGAUGUUGAUUCCUUUUGAUAAGGCUUAUCCAUUGAUCGACGCCAGUGCUAUCGCUGCCAAGGCUGUCAAGUACCUCGUCGCUUCGCAAUUAUCUUCACCUGAAGCAGCUAGUCAAGGUAGUCUUACUGCUGUGCAGCUCAUCCCUGAAUUCAAGACGGUACCUCAGAUUGCCGAGUAUCUAAGCGAGAUCAUCGGAACAAAGGUUAACGCGGUCCCGAUUCCGGAAGAAGAAUGGGCAUCGACCUUCAAGAAGGCCGGCAUGUCUGAUCAGAAUGUUGCCAUGUACAUCGAAAUGUUGGGGGGCUUCAUUCGUGAUGAGCUCUCAUUCCUAGAUCAGGAAGGCAUCGAGCAGGAAAAGAAACGAGGCGUCACUGUCAUUGAUGAACAGACUGAUGUAGAUCACGAGGCGGCGCUCACACAGCUCAUUGAUGACAUCAAGGCUGCGGGUGGUCAGCAAGGUCACUAG